AUGGGCGACAUGGGCGGUCCCGCCAGGUCCUCCCGGGAGAACUCCCUGCAGCCCGGAGCGACGCCUGGGGAACGAGGAGGCAGCAUCCGUGGUCGCUCGAGCAUCCAGCGCGAGUCGUCCAUGCAGAAGAUGAGUGCCAACGCCAAGGCGGCUCCUGGCAAUGCCAAGUUUGAGGGAGCGGCUUCCGCGCGCUCGCCCAGCGUGAAAGGCGGCGCGAGUGUCGGUCCAGCAGUGGCCUUCAGUGGCGGCCGGGGUGCCAGCUUUGUGGGGUCCGCCGCCGCAGGGCCGAGUCCCCAGCCCCAGCCGCGGCACUCGUUGCAACUCCCACAGCGGCAAGUGGUGCAGGGCGGCGUCCCGCAAGGUGCGGUGCCCUGCGGCGGCAUGCCGCAAGGGGUGCCGCAGGGCGUGCCGCAAGGGGUGCAAAGCGCAGGACAUGGCGGCCACGGCAUGCCUCAGGCUGGCUUCCAGGUCUUCCGCAUGGCCUCCCACGUGAGCUCGCAGGUCCCGCCGCAGGUCGCACCGGCAGCCAAGGCGGUGGCCAAGGCAGGACGAUGA